CAACAAUUAGUGCAUUCGUCAUACGUGGAGACCGAUUAAACAUCCCUACAAAUAUUCCCAAGGGAUUUGUUGAUCUAAUUACGAGCGCUUGGGCACAUGAACCACAAAAGAGACCGAAUUGCCAACAGAUACUCAAUUUAAUAAAAGGGCAAUAUGAAAUAGGCGCUGAAAAAUUUCAUUCUAAACCACCACUAACCUGCAAUGGUUGCCAAUGUGUCACUUGUGGCAGAUGUUGUGAUUGGUAUUAUACUGGUACUCCCGAAGAUUGGCAGUGGAUACGAGAUUUUCGUAAUUGGGAUCAUAACUCUGCCGAGCGUUGGCGCAACGGUAAAUAUUAUGACCGAUUCAAACUUUCUAAUGGCGCCAAAUGUAAUCGUUCUCUUUAUUAUGCUGCUUCUUACAUUGUUCGUUUUGUAUCUCUUGGUACUUUUGAUGGUAGUGCUCUUCUUGGUCAUUUGUGUGUGUGUCCCAGAGAGAAGCAGGAAAAAUGA